AUGGAGCGAAUACGUCGUUAUCUCGAGCGUGCUGCUGUCGACGUCGGCAUACGUUCUUUGGGCAACGUCGAAUUCGAGGGAGUAGCACGAUUCAGCGACACCAAAUCGAUUGGCAGCCUAAGUCAGCAUUUAUUCGAGAGUGACGAGGACGAGAGGUAUUACGGGACGUGCAAUGGUUACGCGUCGCAACCAGGAAGCAAAUCGAACCUGUUGCUUUGCAGCGAGUGCGACCAAAAGACCCGUACUUGCACGUACAGGCCCCAAACUCCAGGGUCUUACGUCGGUCGUUACGUCGAGGAACGUCUCGAUCCUGGCGAAGAGUUUGCCUUCCUUCGCGCGGACUACAAGACCCCGGUCCGUACCAGCCCUUCGCCCAGAUCCUCGCGCGAUCCUCAAGAGAUCUCUUCCUCGCCGAGACCGCGCGAUCACGAACGACUCUUUCAGGAUUCAUCGUCGCCUCGAUCUUUGCGCCAAGAGAAGGAGCUCUUGUCGUCCGAAUAUCUUGGUCGCGAGGAAACUGUCGAGGAAACGGAAAAGCGCCAAAAACAGGAACCGAAGGAGGAGGAGGAGGAGGAGGAGGAUAGCCCAGUUUGCGAGCUCUGUCAUGGAAACGGCCUCGUCCUCGUUCAUUGCGAACACUGCGACUUUUCAACCGAAGGAGAUCUCAUAUGUUUUCGAUGUCAAAGCGACGAAGGCUCCUCGAACGGCAACAACGGGUGUCCCCGUUGCGAGAGAAGCGCCAGGAUGGCGGCUGCCGGUGUCACUUCCUCCGACGACGAGAAUCAUCAUCCUCCCGGCAAGUACCCCGUAGACGCGGUCGUCAAGAUCAAACUCAACGAUCGAACGAUCGACGUCGAUUCGGACGAUACCAACGACAGCGAUCCUUCGAUCGAUCGUCACAGAGGUCAAAUAGAUCGUCUCGACACGAUCGUCGAGACUAAAGGCGACACUGCCAGCGAAAACGACGACGAUAACGGCGGUGCCAAGCUAAACGGAACUACGAGCCCGAAAUAUUUCAAUUACAUGAUCGUCCUCUUCUUGUAAAUAAACCCGAAUCGCUGCAACAUCCAUCAAUUUCUAUCCGUGACGUAGAAGAAGAUAAGAAUGAUCGGUGAUAAACUUUGACCGACCUGUCACUGUAUAUAAACUGCCAGGGGACACGAUAGUCAAAAUCGGUACUCUCUAGUGCGGCGUAGAAUUAAUAUAGUUAGCUCAUAAUGGUAAUUAAGGUGGCAAAAUAAAAAAGAAUCAGAGAAAGACGAUAAGCGAGAAACGCCGUGCGAAUGGAUUGAAAAGAAGAAGAUAGGAAAAAGUAAGAAAUAAAGAAAGAAGAUAGUCUCAGGGACGAUGGCCGAUCUGCCCUGAUGACUUUCGUCGUAGAGCGCCGAUAAUUAUCGAGGCGUUUCCGCGCGCAACCAUUAGAAUGGGUUUGUACAGAGAUCGCGAUUAUACUGUCUCUCACUUAUGAAGACCUUCCGUUAUUUUCUAUCCAAAGAUGAGCGACGAAAAAUCGAGGGCUCCUCGUCUCGCCGAUUGCGAACUGCUUUAUAAAGAAGGAAGAUUACACGAUACGAUCGAUACGAAGAACUUAUACGAAACCGCGAAGUACAUGCUGCCAAUAAUAAAUCAAAAAUCGAAUAGCGCGCGAGGACUUACGAUGUAAGAUUUUUCAUACCUUCGAUCGACUUCUUUCUUAGCUUACGUAAAAGCAAUAGACGCGAGCCCGCACACACGAACACAUGCGCACAAACACGCACUCUCACACAUACACGCACGCGCGCGCACACACACACACACACACACACACACACACACACACAUCCACGCAUGCACGCGUGCACUCGCGUCUCUUAUUUAUUACGUAUAUACGCUUUUAUCGAGUAGAUCCUACGGUAUAAACUUCUCGCGUCUUUCUCGCGGAUUACUCGCGUAUCGUCGAAACAACUAGAAUAAUUUAACGUUAUUAUCUAACGCGAUCGCAGAGCGUGAGAUAUGAUAAAAAUGUCAAUUCCUAAAACGCAAAUCGAUACGAUCGAGGCAACGCGUAAACUGCCAUCAUUUUCACACGUUUUAGCUAAGAUUUUUGCACAAACCCAUGCUAACUCAUGUUCGGGACCAACUUAAAUCCAUCAUCCAAGCGACAAAGCCACUUCCGAGUCUCCACCUUUCGUUCAUAGUCGUUAGUCGCUAAAUUACGCCGGUUUCUCGACAUUUGCGACAUCCAAACGAUUCAAUGUUAACCAACUUUACGAAGAUAGAGGCAGUACUCGAUAUAUCGUUUGAAUCUAUCGUUAAAUAAUAGAAAGAAAAAGAGAGGAAGAAGAGGAGGCAGAGAAGAAGGAGGAGGGGGAGGAGGAGGAGGAGGAGGAGGAAGAAAAAGAAGAUAUAUAUUCGCAGAACCAGGCUACCUCUAUUUUCGUACGCGCGGAAUACUACGAAAGGACGCGAUCAUAAGCCAAAAUAAAAACGACGAACGUUACGAUCAGAUUCGAUUUCGUAAAACCGUUCGCUUCGAAUACUCGCGGUGUCGCACUUCGCCUACGAUAGACACCGUGAGAAAAUUUCAAUGAUUCGAUGAACUCGAGUUCAUUGUCCCGACGCGAACCACAUUUCAAAAAAAAGAAAAAGAAGCGUAGAAAUUGUGCGCGCACUUCUUCGCCUAUUUCAUGGGGGCUUUCGUCACGUUGUAAAGAUGGCGCGCCAAUGAAAAAAGAAACGAAAGGAGAUCUAUACAUAAGAAGAAGAAGGAGAAGAAAAAAUGUCGGAGUAGGAGGAGGUGGAAGAAGUGUUUUCCAAAGGAACCAAAAGUUGAAAGAGACGAUUCUCGAAAAAGAAAAGUAGAA